GACAGAGCCUGGAUAUACACACUUGACUGCAGACUUUGGUCUCCACAGGACUGUUCCUUGCGGGCAGCAAUGUAUCAGCUGUCAGUGGUGAAGGUCAGGAGGAGAGCUUGUUUGGAGCCCUCGAUUAUUGUCCUCAUCAUCUUUCUCUCCCUAAUUGUCCUGACAGUGUGCACUGGACUCACUUUUCCUUAUGUGAGAUACAAUCAAAGGAAGAUCUACAGUUAUUACAGCACAUUAUCAUUUACAAGUGACAAGCUGUAUGAUGAUUUUGAAAAAGAGGCUUCUAAAAAUUUCACAGAGAUGAGCCAGAAAAUUGAAUCAAUGGUGAAAAAUAUGUUUCAUAAAUCUUCACUGAGGGACAAAUUUGUUAAGUCUCACAUUAUCAGGUUCAGUCACAGGGAACAUAGAGUGUUGGCUCAUAUACUGCUGAUUUUUAGAUUUCGCUCUACUGAGGAUCCUGAAACCACAAAUAUAAUUAUCCAGCAUGUUCUACAUGAAAAGCUGCAAGAUGCUGUAGGAUCCCCUAACUUAAAUCUUGAGUUAUUUGUACUUAAAAAAAUCAACAAGACAGAAACAGACGACUUUCUGAGCAAUUGCUGUGGGACACGAAGGAACAAAACUGCAAAAUAUAGGGUCAUGGUUGUUGGUGGGACAGAGGCACAAGAGGAUGAAUGGCCAUGGCAGGCUAGUCUGCGAUGGGAUGGGAGACAUCGCUGUGGAGCAACUUUAAUUAAUGGCACAUGGCUUGUGAGUGCUGCCCACUGCUUUAGAAGGUAUAAGGACCCAGCCAGAUGGACUGCUUCCUUUGGAGUAACCUUAAUGCCUCCGAAAAUAGAACGAGGCCUCCGGAGGAUAAUUGUCCACGAAAAUUACAAAUACCCGUCACACGACUAUGAUAUUUCGGUUGCAGAGCUUUCUAGCCCCGUUCCUUACACAAAUGCUGUACACAGAAUUUGUCUCCCUGAUGCAUCCUAUGAAUUCCACCCUGAUAAUGUGAUGUUCGUGACAGGAUUUGGAGCACUGCGAAAUGAAAAUAUCAGUCAAAAUUGUCUUCAGCAAGUACAAGUGGAUUUUAUUGACACUGAAACCUGUAACCAACCGCAAAUUUACAAUAAUACCAUAACUCCUAGAAUGUUAUGUGCUGGCUCCUUGAAGGGAAAUAGAGAUGCAUGCCUCGGUGAUUCCGGAGGACCACUGGUUACUCCAGAUGCUAGAGAUACCUGGUACCUUGCUGGAAUAGUGAGCUGGGGCGAUGGUUGCGGGGCACCCAAUAAGCCCAGCGUUUAUACUAGAGUGACUGCUUUCCGGGGCUGGAUUGCUUCCAAAACCGGCGUCUAGGAGAGAAAAACCCAGUAGAGUAGAACACAUUUUUAUAUACAGGCCAUUCUUAAAGAUACAGAAUUGCAGAAGAAGCCUUGCAGAUCACCUACAUUUGUCUGAUCGAACUGAACUGUCUGCUUGUAUGUGCAUAUAUUUCCUUCCUAACUUCUGCCAGAUGGAUUCCAUCCCAACUUGCAUUCACUUGUUCUCUAGAAGUUUACUGUCAUCCGAUUUUAGCUUGUUAACAUCAAUUUCUCAUGCACGUACACAAUUUGAAGUGAUCCCUUCCUUCAUUUCCUCAGCUUCUCUCAUAUCAGUAAAUUUCCACUUUCAAGGUGUAGGACAGAGACUGAAAGGAAAUAUGAAAAGGAAAGAACUACAUUUUUCAUGUGUAGAAAAGCAUUAGUUUCUUUUUCUUUAUGGAAUGAGGAAAAUGAUCAUAAUCAUUACGAAAGGUCAAGCAAACAGACAACAGAAUACCAAAUACUUCUUGAUGGAAAAAGAAUGGGAACUAAGUUAAGGAACUAAAGAGAAACCAAGAUACAGCUUUAUUUUCAUUUCCAGCAAACAACUACAGAGAUAAAUGUGGGGAAGAUUCUGCUUUCUUGUGGCCAACGCUAAGUAUACAAACUCUAUAUAAUGGGCUUAUUCUAAGUUCUAGCAAAUAAUAAUUAUUUAACAUUGCACUACUAAGAAUAUCAAUAUUUAAUAAUAAGAAGAAUAAAUAAUCAUAAUAAUAAAUCAUCCUUUUACUUGACAUUAUGAUAAUUGAUGAAGAAGGGAAAGAUGGGGAAAUGUCAAUAAUCAAUUUAUUGCAAAUUCUUUUAAAAUUUGAAAAUUCACUAGAAUGAAAAUUCACUUAAGAUCAACCAGCAUACCUUAUAUGGUGAGAUUUUUGUACAGUUGAAUAGGAGGGAAUGAAGAGAGAUUCAGUGCAAACUAAUGGAUGAAAUAGGAUUAUGACUAAUUGCUUGUGUAUUUAUAUUUAAAGCUUUCCCAAACUGCAAAGCCUUGAAGGGGAAUAAGGUCCAGGUGUUAGUGUGUAAUUGCAGCUGUGCAAAUAAAGCUGGAGGUCGGACCUCUAUUUUGAGAUGAUUGCAGGUUCCUCCCCCUACCGCAUUUGCACUCCACACUUGGACCAUGGGCCUCUUAGACUCCUCUGGGCUUAGAUGGAAAGAUAUCAGAGGGAAUUCAUCCUGGAAACUGCCUCCCUGUUACAUCUAGCAUGGCACCGAGUUGCUCAUUGCCUGGACAGAAAACUGAAGAGAAAGCAUAAUAUCAACCAUCUUCAUAAUUUUGGCUUUGGUAAACCACUACUGAGUUGUUAGAGACACAACAUUCAAGUGACCUGGGCCAUUAUGAAGUAAGCACUGGUGCCAUGGCACACGUACAUGUUAAUGGUGAGAUUUCACUCAAUCUUUCCAUUACCCUUUCCUCAUCGUAUACAGCUACUCAUACAAAUUCUGUAUUGUACCAUAACCACUUUGAAAGUAACAUUAGUAGGAAAAAUCUGGCAUUUAUUAGCCCAAAUAACAUUGGCAUAUGAACUGAUCAAAUUUUAGGCACUUGGCUAAAAUAAGGUAUGAAAUCUGACAAGAAUCGACAGUGUUAAACAUGUUGCAUAAGCUGUUUUUAUUCUAUUUAAUGAAAUACUUUUUAAAAAUUGAGGAAAAUGAUGAAUUUUAAACAAAGACAAGUACAUUUCAAACCACAUUACUCUCAGUGUUCUGUUAAAAACUGAUUCCCCUUGGAGUAUGUUUUGCAGCUGGGACUCUAGAUGGCACCCACAGCUAUAGGUAGAUACAGGGAAGAAAGACGUCAGGACCAUCAAGUAAUAAUGAAAACUGCAGUAGACAUUCUAUGUUAGGGUCUUGUAAAACAGAAAGAAUACAGUUCAUCUUUGCAAAGGCGUUUAAAAAUGAAUCCAGGUAAACUGGCAUUAUGAAUAGUAUUUUUCAGGUAUCUAGAGGUGAGUUUCCAAACUAAAAUAAAAUUUAUAGCCAUGUGAUGUGAGUAAUUUCUUCUGCAAAUACAUUUGAAGAGAUUUAAAUUAAGGACAAAUUUUAGAUGUUUAAUUUCACAAUGGCAUCAUAUUUCUCAGGGAGAUAUAUAUAUUUUUUUUAAUGAAAGAUUUGAGAAGUAGAGUUAAAGCCAUAGUGAAUAUGUGAGCAAUAGCUGAAACUUUAUGUGCACAGAGAAAUAGAUAAUACAGUACUGGAUUUUUUAAAUGACAGCUUCUUUUGAGAGAUAACAUAUAAAAGUUUCAGCAUUCUUGGACUUGUCUGUUUUAACCACUUCAUUGGAAAAGUUUAAGAAGUCAUGGCUGAAAUAAUACUUAUUUAUUGUGGAAGAAAGCAGGCAGUUCCUCAGCUACGUCUUUUGUCUCUCUUCCUACAGCACCUAGUGAAGUGCCUUGUGCAUAAUAGUCUUUCAAUAAAUGUUGUUGAACUACCUUUUUACUUUUGUAUUAUUUAGAAAAUACAGCUUUAUUAUUUUUACACACUGAUUUUUAAGAAAUAAUCCCAGAUUUUACACUAAAUAUGUGAUUUAAGCCAGUUACAUAAACACUCUUAAGUCUCAGUAUAUUCAUUCAUAAAAUAAGGAUAAUAAUAUUUACCUCAAAUGACUGUAGUGUGAAUUAGAAUGAGAUAAUAUUUGAAAGUGCUUCUCUAGCAAAGUUCUUGGAACAUAGUAGGUGUUCAAGAAAUGGUGCUAUUAUAACUGUUACUGUAAUAAAACUACAGUCUUGUUUUAUAUGAUUGCUACUUGACUAUUUUGACUAUAAUAGGUUAAAUAAUUAUUUUUGAAACAUAAUUAGAGCAAUAGAAUGGGCUUGUUUCUUCUUUAAUUCUGAUUCUGCAAAAGAAGUUUUAUCGGGAUCACUCUAAAACAUUCUGUCAAGUUGCUCUCCGACUGUUAUUCUAAUUUUUCAUUUCAACUUUCAAAAAUGAUAAACCUUAUUAACCAUGGAGUGCCUGGAUCAUAUCAAGAUCUACAGUCUAGUUCAAAUGAUGCCUCCUCUGUGAAGCUUUCCUUAACUCCCUCAAGUGGCCAUAACAUCCUCUUUUCUGAAAUUCCUUACCCACUUAAAAACAACUUUUUUAUUUUCAGAUAAUCAUAGACUCAUGUAGAGUUGUAAAAUAUAAUACAGAGAGAUCCUGUGUAUCCUUUAUCCAGUUUCUGGAAAUGGCAACAUCUUGUUUAGCUAUAGUACAAUAUCACAACCAGGAAGUUGACAAUGAGGCAAUCUAUCAACCUUUUGAGAUUUUAUCAGUUUUUAAAACAUAUAAUUAUGCAUGUGGAUGUGUGUGUAUGUUCCAUGUGUCUCACAUAUGGAUUUGUGUGCCACCACCACAGUCAAGAUGCAGAAUAGUUUGAUCAUAAGGAUUCCUCCUAUGAUCCAAACACCUGGCUCCCUCCUUAGCAGCAUCCCCAGUCUCUAACCCCUGGCAACCAUUAAUCUAUUCUCCAUCUAUAUAAUUUUGUCAUUCCAAGAAUGGUAUAUGAGUGGAAUCAUAAAGUAUGUAAACUUUUGAGGUUGGCUUCUUCACUCAGCAUGAUUCCCUUGAUAUCGAUGCAGGUUGUGUGUGUCAACAGUUUAUUCCUUUUUACUGCUGUGUAUUAUUCCACAGCCACAGUAUGGUUGUACCACAGUUGGUUUACCAUUUAUCCACUGAAGGGCAUUUGACUUGGUUAUAAUUUUUGGCUACUGUUAAUAAAGGUACUAUAACAUUUGUGUUUAGCUUUCUGUAUGAACAUAAGUAUUCAUUUCUUUGGGAUUAAUGGCUUAGAGUGCAUUCAUGGUCAUAUAGUAAGCUUAUGUUUGAUUUUUGAAGAAACUGUCAUAUUCUUUUCAGAUGAUUUCUUACCAUUUUUAAAUCUCUCUGUACCUCUACUCUCUCCCCAUAUUUUAAGACAUGUGUGAAUAGAUCUGAUUUCAACACUACACUGUAAACUCUGUGGGGGUAGGGACCAUGACUAACUCAUUUUUAUAAACUUCACAGUUCAUAAGAAAGUAUAUUUAUGGCAUAUGCUCAAUAAAGAUUUAUUAAAUUAAGAGGGAAGAUAGUAAUAAAAACAAGCAAACAUGGCACUGUAUGUAAAAUGAAAAAGAAGACGUUAGUUUGGGUAGAAAAGAAUGAACAAUAUUGCAUAAUGUUUUCAUGAAUGUAUUAUGUCUUAAUUUCUAUAAUUCUGGACUUUACCUACAAGUAUCUCAUGCAGGUUGAUGUAAAAUCUUGUUUUCCACUUUCCCACAUGAUACCCAAUCAAACAUAGACUAAAGGUAUGAUUUAGAUGAUGACUCUA